AUGGAAAAGUCAAGAAUAAAGUCAAUACUUCCAAAACCAUCCGUUUCAGGAGGGUCGCCUGCUGGUACCACAAAUGGUGGAGGAAACAAGAGACGGUCAUUACCUGCCAACAAUGCUACCGUGGUUAAAAAGCAGAAAUCACAGAGUCUAAGUGAAGCUUCGAGUAUGGGGCAAUCAGGAGAUAAAGGGUCGAAGCAAACGGGGCAUAGGCCUGUUACAUCUUGUACAUUUUGUCGUCAACACAAGAUUAAGUGUAACGCAUCGGAUAAUUAUCCGAAUCCGUGCCAUAGAUGUGAUAAAAUGGGAUUAAAGUGUGAGAUAGAUCCACAGUUCAGGCCCAAGAAGGGGUCGCAGAUCCAGUCGUUAAAGAGUGACGUUGACGAGCUAAGAGCUAAAAUUGAAAUGUUGACGAAAAACGAGUCCCUUUUAACCCAAGCAUUGAACCAACAUAACAUGAACUUCAUACAACAACAGCUGCAACCAACGUUUAGUAGCAUGACACAAAACCAACUAUAUAAUACAACCCCUAUCCAAAGAUCUGCUGGUACUGUUUCGGAUUUCUCGAAUGGGAACACUCCGUCGCAAUUCCAGUCAGAUAAUUCACCCCAUUCAUUUGCUUCUGGCUUUCCUCAUGUAAAUACUAGUGCUAAUUUAUCACCAAACAAUCCUUUACAAGGUAAUCAAAUUCUUAACGAUGCAAUUCCUACUUCAGCCCCUUUGGGUCAUAUUUUGCACGAAACAUCAACUGAUAAUUCGCCAACUAUGGAAAAAAAGUACGAUAGCUUAGGUAAACUUGCAAGAGAACACGAAGAAGAAUUCGAAACUAUUCCGGAAUUUGUUCUUGGCGAUGUCUCUGUUCCUUUGGACAAAGCGAACGAACUCCAUGAUAGGUUUAUUACUAAACAUUUGCCAUUUUUACCGAUAAUUACUUCAAAUUCAGCGACAGAAUUAUAUCAUAAGUCAAAGCUUUUAUUCUGGUCGGUCAUUUUAACGGCAGCAUUGUCUGAACCAGAACCAACGUUAUACAUGUCAUUAGCGUCAUUAAUUAAGCACUUAGCGAUUGAAACUUGCUGGACACAUACACCGAGAUCAACACAUGUUAUACAGGCGCUUGUUGUGCUCUCCAUAUGGCCAUUGCCAAACGAAAAGGUUUUGGAUGACUGUUCUUACAGAUUUAUUGGGUUAGCUAAGAAUUUAUCAUUACAAUUAGGUUUACAUAGAGGUGGUGAAUUCAUUCAAGAGUUCAGCAGAACCCAAGCCAGCUUAGGGCCAGAUGCUGAACUUUGGAGAACGAGAACUUGGUUAGCCGUAUUUUUCUGUGAGCAAUUUUGGUCUUCUGUAUUAGGAUUACCGCCGCUGAUCAAUACUACAGAUUAUUUAUUGGAGAAUGCAAGAGUGGACCAAAGCUUACCUAAAAAUUUCCGUUGUCUAAUCUCAUUGUCUAUCUUCCAAUGCAAAUUGGUUAAUGUGAUGGGAAUUUCUGUGACUAGACCAGAUGGUCUUUUGGAGCCUCUGAAUCGGGCAGGCUCUUUAAACACAUUGGAUAGAGAAUUAGAAAGAUUGAAGUUCAAGCUACCUAUUGAAAACGGUUCUUCUAUUGAAAUCUAUUAUUUAUAUAUCAAAUUAAUGAUCUGUUGCUUUGCAUUUUUACCAGGUACGCCAAUUGAAGACCAGGUUAAAUAUGUUAGUGCGGCUUAUCAUUCAGCAACAAGGAUUAUCACCGUCACAUCACAAAUGAUUAGUAGUAACACUAUAUCACUAAUUGAAUUUCCUAUUUAUGUCAGACAAGCCAUCACAUAUUCGGUUUUGAUGUUGUUCAAAUUGCAUUUGUCUCGUUACUUAAUUGACAAGUACGUGGAUAGUUCCAGACAGCUGAUUGUUACCGUCCAUAGAUUGUUUAGGAAUACGUUAUCGUCGUGGAAGGAAUUACAGAACGAUAUUUCGAGAACCGCAAAAGUAUUGGAAAAUUUGAAUAUUGUUUUGUAUACAUAUCCAGAAGUCUUCUUAUCCGAUAACAAAGAAAUUGGUGGUAGCAUAAUUACUAGAAUGAGAUCACAUUUAACUGCUUCAUUGUUUUAUGAUUUAGUAUGGUGUAUACAUGAAGCUAGAAGAAGGACCCUUACCGAUAAGUCACAUCCACCCGAAGAUAAACGGGUUAAGAAUGAACCUAGAGAGGACAAUGAUGUAUCGUCAUUUUCGAAUCAAAGAAAACCUUUACCUUUACCAUUCUAUAAUCAAAUCACCAAGGACGACUUCAAAACAAUUACAACGACCACUCCUAAUGGUACAACAGUGACGACCUUAGUGCCGACUGACCAUGCAAUGACCCAAGCUAAGCUGAAUGCAAAUGCGAUUGGCUUGGAUAAACCAUUGGAAAUCAAUGGUAUUCCACUUGCUAUGCUUGAAGCAACGGGCAGUAUGAGAGAUAUUGAUUCGAGAAAUACGAACCAAGAUACCACCAUUAAUUCAUCAUCCGUCCCAAUUUCAAACUAUCCGAUAAAUAACUCAAACAUGGUUUCUUCAGUUUCGAAAACUCAAUAUCAACCACAAAUAGAGCAAAUGCCACUGGGCCAGUCCAUGCUAUUUUCUCCUAGUGAUUCAUUGGCUGAAGUCCACCCCGUGGGUACUCCAAACCCAGCUAAUUUCCAAUAUUUUGGUGGAAACCAAUCAGUAAUUAAUGGAGUAGCUGACCAGAUGGACAAUUUUUUCCAAAAGCAAUCCGAUGGUUGGAUAAAUAAUGAUAAUUACCAGGAUGAUGAUUUCUUAGGUUGGUUCGACGCAAAUAUGAUUCCUGAAAACUAA